GUUAGUCUCCCGCGCGUUAUCGUUGAGAUAGCGUGUUGUGUGUCGCCUUCUCCGAGGUGGAUAAGGUCAAUUCGCUUUAUCGACGAAAAACAUCGGAAAGAAAAUGAAGAUUUUAUAAUCGAAGAAUUUUUAAAUAGAAGUCAUGGCAUACUACUACCUAUUCACCGUCUUAUUGGGCCUCGUGGGUCUGUUGUUCCAUUUCUACAUACAGUUGUUCAGCAGAACCGGCAAAUUGGUGAACAAGAUUCCUGGUCCUACGGCGAUACCCUUUUUCGGCAACUUGCUGGAACUUCAUGUACCACUUGUUGAAAUCAACAACGCUUUACGAAAAUGGAGCAAAAUCUACUAUCCAAUCUAUCGACUAUGGUUUGGCCCGAAAGCAUUGGUAUUCAUACUUCAUCCGGACGAUUUAGAGAUAAUGCUCACAAGUUCGAAACAUAUCAACAAGCAGUUUGCUUACGAACAUUUUCACCUAUGGUUACACUCUGGCCUUCUAACCAGCAAUGGGCAAAAAUGGCAUCAUCGACGUAAAAUAUUGACACCGGCAUUUCAUUUUAACAUACUGAAAAAGUACAUGGAGAUAACGAAUGAAGAGGGAGAAAGGGCAGUUACAAAUACUCGAAAGACAACUAAGGAGACGAAAGUGGAUCUCUUGCAAUUUUGCUCGAAAUAUACUUUGAACAUUAUAUGCGAAUCGGCCAUGGGAGUACCAUUGGACGGCGACCAUAAGGAUAAAGAGGCAUCAAAUAAAUAUAAGAAUGCAGUUUACCGAAUGGGAAACAUCAUAUUUUUUAGAAUAAUCCGACCUUAUAUAUGGGAUUGGAUGGUCCCAUUCAUACCUAAACACAAUCGCGAAGUUAAAGAAGUGGUGGCGAAUCUGAACAAUUUCACUGACAUGAUUGUUGAAGAAAGACGGGAAUAUCACGCGAGUACAAAUUACGAACACUUGAACUUUGAAAAGAGCGAAGUUAAUGCUUACAUUGGCAAAAGUAAAAGACUAGCUAUGCUUGAUCUUUUAUUAGCUGCUGAAAGAGACGGAAAAAUUGACGACGAGGGUAUCAAAGAAGAAGUAUCCACGUUUAUUUUCGAAGGACAUGACACAACAGCCAUGAGCAUGUGUUUCAUCAUUAUGCUGUUAGCAGAGAACAAACACUGCCAAGAUUUAGCUAGGGAAGAAGUAGAGAUAAUUUUAGGUCCGAAAAAUGGUCAAUUAGAAACCGCAGACCUGAAGCACAUGAACUAUCUUGAAAGGUGUAUCAAAGAAUCGCUUAGGUUGUUUCCGUCAGUUCCGUCCAUCACCCGAUAUCUGCAUGAGGACGUUCAACUGAAAAAUUACAAAAUACCAGCUGGUGUUAACAUAAUUAUGCACAUCAUCGACGUACAUAGGGAUCCGAAUUUCUGGCCAGAGCCAGAAAAGUUCGUUCCAGAUAGGUUUUUACCCGAAGAAAUAGCAAAACGUCACAAUUUUGCUUAUUUACCCUUCAGCGCUGGAUCUCGAAAUUGCAUUGGUCAAAAGUUCGCUAUGAUGGAAUUGAAAUCUCUGAUUUCGCGUAUUUUGUACAAUUUCCACUUGGAACCCAUUGACUAUACUCGCGAUGUUAAAUUAAUAUCGGACGUUGUCAUUCGUCCUAGUAAACCAGUAUACACUAAAUUUGUGAGAAUAGAUAGACAAUCGAAUAUUUGAUACAGUUGCUCCAACUCGAAAUAAUACUUGGUAAUUUACGCUUUAGACAUACGCGUACAAAUUGAAUUUUUUAUAAACUUUGUUACUCGCAAAAACUUUUAUGGAUAAUUUGUUUGCGAUAUUAUUAUAUAUUAUUUAUAAACGUCGAAAAUAAUUUUAGGUGCUGAGUAUUAUUUUAACAUAAUUUAUAAUUUAGUGUAUCUCAAAUUUUGUUAUAUCAUAUACGCUCAAUUUUCGAGCAUGAUGAAAUAUGGAUCAUUGUAUAAAAAUUCAAAAUAAAUAAUUCAGGCAAGUUUGA